AUGUCUUGUCCUGCACGUGUCCAUCCACUAUGCAAACCCAAAAACCACCGUGUACCGGUCCCACGAUGGCAUCUUAGCCUUCCUGAGGGUGUCACGCAUGUCUGCACCGCGUACAUCGGAGUCCAAAAACACUGCGAUACUCCGGAAGCUGGCGAUGCUCGAGAUGAAUCUAUUGCAAUAAUUCAGCCAUGGCUACAAGGAGAUACUGGUCCACUGGCACAUGAGACGUUUACUGUCAUUGAUGGAUGUGAUACACAGGAAACAACUAUCUGGAUCUGUUAUUGGGACGACAAGACAGCAUAUGAGAAGAGUCUAGAUCGACUUUCGCUCAAGUCAAUCUACUCCCGCUUACCGAACCCAGGCCGCGCCUCAGUAGGCAUCUGGCGUGAAGCCUUUGUCACAGAAUAUUCCCGACUUGAGACAAAUUACUCAGGCCUCGACUAUCUCCCUGGUCUCGCAAAGCUCCCCGGUGCAACGUUCCCAGAACAUACUUUAUCAGCCUACUGGGGCGCCGCCAGAGACAGAAUCCCUAAUUCUGCCUACGAUCUCUUUCCUCCUUCGUCAGACCACACUCCUCCAACCACAGCACCCAAGGGUCUAGGUCAGUACCUCAUCGGCACCAACGCCGAGAACGUUGCGCACAUCCGCUCAGGUCAAUUCUGGGAAAACUGCGGCCAAGAAGAAGCCGACUCGUACAACACGAAACUCGAGCCCACGCUCCGAUCUGGUCUCGAGUACCUGUGGGAAAACUCUCCCGACACUGGAGCUCUUGGGCUACGCUACCUCCAAAACCAAGACCCUUCUUCGCCCGAGAGUGUCCCCAGAAAGGAAUCUUGCGGCGCGGGUUUCUUUACCAAUCUUGAAGCUCUCGAGACAUGGGCCAAGAGUCACAAAUCUCACCUUGCUAUAUACCGGGGUGCGCUUACACAUUACAAGGCCUUUGGAGAGGACAGGAAGUUUAGAACGUGGCACGAAGUCUCUGUGUUGAAGGAAGGAGAUGCGAGGUUUGAGUACAUGAACUGUGUGCCCAAGACAGGCGUGAUUUUGAGCGUGCCUCUCGAGGUGGAGAACACGGAGGGGGCGCCUUAA